AUGAGUCUGACGACUGGAACUGAUAGCUCCUACCUCUACCCGCAGCUGCGGGACCCGGCCCGGCAGCGGUACGAGGUGCCCCUGGCCACGCCGCCGGCGAGCGGCCGAGCCGCCUCCACGCUCUACGGGGUGCGGGUCAACCAGGAGCCCUUCGGCCUCGUCGUCUACCGGCAGCGCGACGGGCGGGUCCUGCUGAACACCACCGUCGCGCCCCUCUUCUUCGCAGACCAGUUCCUGCAGAUCUCCACCUCUUUGCCCUCCCAUUUCAUUUCUGGGCUGGGGGAGCACCUGACGCCGCUGGUCCUCGACACGGCGUGGACCAGGGUCACCCUCUGGAAUCGAGACAUGGCUCCUGUGCCCCAGGCCAACCUCUACGGCUCCCACCCUUUCUACCUGGGGAUGGAGGACGAUGGUUCAGCCCACGGUGUCUUUCUGCUGAAUAGCAACGCGAUGGAUGUGCUCCUGCAGCCCAGCCCGGCCUUGACCUGGCGCACGACGGGUGGGAUCCUGGACUUCUACGUCUUCCUGGGCCCUGACCCCAAGAGCGUGGUGCGGCAGUACCUGGAUGUUGUCGGGUUCGCCUUCAUGCCCCCGUACUGGGGCCUGGGCUUCCACCUCUGCCGCUGGGGCUACUCUUCCACCAGCAUCACCCAGGAGGUUGUGGUCAACAUGACGGCAGCCCGCUUCCCCCUGGACGUGCAGUGGAACGACCUGGAUUACAUGGAUGCCAAGAGGGAUUUCACCUUCAACAAGAAAAGCUUUAAGGACUACCCAGAGAUGGUGCAGGACUUCCAUCGCCGUGGCCUGAGGUACAUCAUGAUCGUGGAUCCUGGGAUCAGCAGCUCGGGGCCUCCCGGCACCUACAAGCCCUAUGACGAGGGACUGAAGCGAGGGGUGUUCAUCCGAAACGCCACGGGGCAGCCCCUGAUUGGGAAGGUCUGGCCGGGCCCAACGGCCUUCCCGGACUUCACCAACCCAGAGACUCACGAGUGGUGGCACGACAUGGUGAAGGACUUCCAUGACCAAGUGCCCUUUGACGGCAUGUGGAUUGACAUGAAUGAGCCAUCAAACUUUGUGGAGGGCUCCCAGGACGGCUGCCCCAACAACAGCCUGGAGCAGCCCCCCUACGUGCCAGGUGUGUUCGGGGGACGCCUCCAAGCCGGGACCAUCUGUGCCUCAAGCCAGCAGUACCUGUCCUCCCACUACAACCUGCACAGCCUGUACGGGCUGACUGAGGCCAUCGCCUCCCACGACGCACUGCUGAGGGUCCGGGGCAAGCGGCCCUUUGUCAUCUCACGCUCCACCUUCGCUGGGCACGGGCGCUACGCGGGGCACUGGACAGGGGACGUCGGCAGCGACUGGGAGCAGCUGUAUUACUCCGUACCAGAGGUGCUGCUCUUCAACCUCUUUGGGGUGCCACUGGUGGGUGCCGACAUCUGUGGCUUCGUGGGCGACACGUCUGAGGAGCUGUGCGUGCGCUGGACCCAGCUGGGCGCCUUCUACCCCUUCAUGAGGAAUCACAACGACCACGGUGCCCGGCCGCAGGGGCCCGCCAUGAGGAACGCCCUCCGCCUCCGCUACUCCCUCCUGCCCUUCCUCUACACCCUCUUCCACCGGGCUCACUCUGCUGGGGAGACGGUGGCGCGGCCCCUCUUCCUCGAGUUCCCCAAGGACCCCAACACCUGGGCCGUGGACCGCCAGCUCCUGUGGGGCGGGGGGCUGCUCAUCACACCCGUGCUGGAGGCAGGAAAGACCAAAGUCAGCGGCUACUUCCCGGCGGGGACGUGGUACAGCCUCGCAGGGGACUCCACCAUCCACAGCAAAGGGCAGUGGAUCCUCUUGCAAGCCCCCCUGGACACCAUUAACGUCCAUGUCCGCGCAGGGCACAUCCUGCCCCUGCAGGAGCCUGCGUUCAACACUGCCGAGUCCCGCAAGAAGGGGAUGGCCUUGGUCGUGGCACUGACACCGGACGGCUUUGCCAGGGGAGAGCUGUUCUGGGACGAUGGGGAGAGCUGGCAGACCUUUGAGAAGGGGGACUACACCGAGAUCCUCUUCCUAGCCACACAUGGCGCUGUGCUCAGCCAGCUCCUGCAGGCAAGUGCCCACCUCGACGGGGUGCUGCUGGAGACCGUGACCGUACUGGGCGUCACCAGCCCUCCCCGGCAAGUCCUGGCCAAUGGUGCCCUCGUGGGCGACUUCUCCUACCGCAGCGACACCCAGGUGCUGAGUGUCCCCGUGUCGCUGCCGAUGUGGGAGCAGUUUGUGAUCACUUGGUCCUGA